CAGAUGGUAACAAUGACGACAACUUCAGUCAGCAGCUGGCCUUGCUCCUCCCAGGGAGUGCACUUUAUAACUAAUCACAGCGUCCAAUGGCCACACAACUUCUCAGGAGCAUCAAAUUUUACUGCCUGUUCCAUGGACGAAAAAUUACUCUCUAGUGUGUUAACAACAUUCUACUCUGUUAUUUUCAUCGUGGGCCUCGUUGGAAACAUAAUUGCCCUCUAUGUAUUUCUGGGUAUCCACCGCAAAAGAAAUUCCAUUCAGAUUUACCUACUCAAUGUGGCCAUUGCAGACCUCUUACUUAUCUUCUGCCUCCCUUUCCGAAUAAUGUAUCACAUUAACCAAAACAAGUGGACACUAGGUGUGAUUCUUUGCAAGACUGUGGGAACACUAUUUUAUAUGAACAUGUACAUUAGCAUUAUUUUGCUUGGAUUCAUCAGUUUGGAUCGCUACAUAAAAAUUAAUCGGUCUGUACAACAACGGAAGGCAAUAACAACCAAACAGAGUAUUUAUGUUUGCUGUAUAGUAUGGAUAAUUGCUCUUGCUGGAUUUUUAACUAUGAUUAUUUUAACCCUUAAGAAAGGAGGUCAUAAUUCCACAAUGUGUUUCCAUUAUAGAGAUAAGCAUAAUGCAAAAGGAGAAGCAAUUUUUAACUACAUUCUUGUGGUAAUGUUCUGGCUAAUUUUCCUACUAAUAAUCCUUUCAUAUAUUAAGAUUGGCAAGAAUCUAUUGAGGAUUUCUAAAAGGAGGUCAAAAUUUCCUAAUUCUGGCAAAUAUGCCACUACAGCCCGGAAUUCCUUUAUUGUGCUUAUCAUUUUUACUGUAUGUUUUGUUCCCUAUCAUGGCUUCCGAUUUGUCUAUAUUUCUUCACAGCUAAAUAUGUCGUCUUGCUAUUGGAAGGAAAUCGUUCACAAAACCAAUGAGAUCAUGCUGGUUUUCUCAUCUUUUAAUAGCUGUUUAGAUCCAGUCAUGUAUUUCCUGAUGUCCAGUAACAUUCGCAAAAUAAUGUGCCAACUUCUUUCCAGACGAUUUCAAGGGGAAGCGAGCAGGAGUGAAAGCACUUCAGAAUUUAAACCAGGAUACUCCCUGCAUGAUACAUUUGCUGCAGCUAAAAUUCAGUCUACUUCUUAA